AUCCCAUCCAGCCAAGACGACGUCAGUCAGGCAGCCCUCUGUACACUCACACACUCACACACACCAUGCCUCCUACUCUUCGCUCCACUUCUUCACGCUGGCCCAUCUAUCCCUGGGCCGACUCAUCUGACCCUCACUCCUCCCUUCAACACCACCACUCAUACCACCGCCAGAGCUGCUCAUGAACACACGUCGAGGGGGCGGGGGGGGCGCUGAGGCCAGCACAACACGACGAGAGCCCUUCGUAUGGUGCAUCGGUGGCGGCUCCUCGGCACCCUCAUCAUCCGAGUCGGCGAAAACCUUCCGGCGGCCGGCGAAUGGGAAGAGCCGCCCGCUGUCGGUAUCAGGCAGGCGCCGCUUCGUGCCUCGCCGACUGUCGCCCAUGUCAAAGCCCACAGCGGCGUCGUGUGCAUGUGCUGGUGCACCAUAGUCUCCCCCUCCCUCUCCCCCUCCCCCUCCGCCACUCUUCUUCUUCUUCUUCUUCUUCUUCUUCCUCUUCUUCUUCUGCCUCGCCGCCACAGCCUCCAUCCAUUCGUGGUGCUUGUUCCGCGGCCGACAGUUGCACUGGUCGAUGGUGUGCCGGGUGCCCCCACACGACGCACACGUCGCCACGCCGCCGGCGCCUCGCCGGCCACUUGCAGAGUGCGGGCAGUCCCCACAGAUCAGAUGGCCUCGUUCGCCGCACGUGACGCACGAAGGCGCGAAGUCCUCCCUGAGAGUCUUCUCCGACACAAACACCGAGUCCUCGUAGUGCUUCUGUGGGCAGGAGGCCGCCUCGUGGCCCUCAUCGCCACACCUCCCGCACCGCACAUCGCGAUACGGGCACUCGGCAGACAAGUGGGAGGUGUCAAAGCAGUAGAAGCACGCCCAUCGGGUGCAGUCGCUCGACUCAUGGUCGCCGCCACAGAGAAGGCAGUACUGCUGCUGCUUCCUGUCGUAGGCCGCCUGCAGGUCACGAGGCGGGAAGGCACGGCGCGCCGCCUGAGGCGUCUGGAAGUAGCGGGCAAUUGGUUUCCUUUUGACGAAUGGAGGCGGAGAGCCGCUGGCCAGCGACAGGCGAUCUGAAUCGCCGACAGCGUCAGUUCUGGGCUGUCGCUUCUUGGCUGACACGGUCACCGAGGCUCCCUUGACGUCAUACUGGAAGAGCGGCGGCUGGGGAUGGUCGACAAUGGCGUUGAACGAGCCUCUUCUUCUCUUCUUGUUGCGUCGCUGGGGGGAUGAGGCCUGCUCUGGCGCAGCGAAGGGCACGUAGCUGUCACUGGGCUUCUUCUUCUUCUUUUUCUUCGCUGGCCUCGCUGACCCGUGCUCCAUGUGGCCAUUCAUAUCAGUUUCUCGCGCCGCAUCGCUGUCAACGGUUUCACGGGCGAUCGAAUUCAU